AUGCUAUCCAACGCCAUUAUCUCUGUUACGGCUGCUAUUUUGGCCUGCUCGUCUUUCGCGGCUGCAGCUCCUCAGGGCAAGACCUCUGAGGUCAGCUUAACUACCAAGCUGCGACUCGCCGACACUUUCAUUGAUCGCUAUAGUCUUCUUCCCGAGGACAAGGACUUCCUCUUCAACUUUAACAGCACCCCAAGUGCUAUUGCCAACAGCCAGACAUUCCCUGCUCUUACGGGCUCUGGCCUCAGUCUGGCCUCCGCUCAAAUUCCAGGCUGCUCUAUGAUCAUGCUUCACACUCACCCCCGAGCCUCCGAGCUCUUUGCCGUCAUGUCCGGCCGCGUCUACACCGAGGCCGUUCCCGAAGCCGGCGUCCUCGACGCCGAAGGAAAGCCUCGCGUCAUCCGCAACGAGAUCAGCGCUGGUCAAGCUACCAUCUUCUACCAGGGAACCAAGCACUACCAGGUUAACCCCGACUGCGAGGCCGCCAAUGCCAUCGCCGCAUUCCCCUCCGAGGAUAUUGGCUUUGCUGGUGUUGCGCCCGGGCUGUUUGCUAUCAAGGAUGACGCUGUUAUUCGUCUUUUGGGAGAGGCUGUCGAUGGUGAGGAUGUUGAGAAGAUCAGGGCUUCUAUUCCUACGGAUAUGGGCAUCAAGGUUGAUGAGUGUCUCGCCAAGUGCGGCAAGCAGAAGCGUCACACUUGA